AUUAGGGCAGCAUCUGUGAAUAACUGGCCGAGGCUACACUGCUUUGGUCACAGACUUCAUUUAGCCAUCGAGAAUGCCAUGAAGGAUCCAAGAAUUGACCGGGCUGUGGGGCUCUGUAAAAGGUUGGUGAGCUCCUUCUCUUACAGCUGGAAGCGGAAGAGAGAGUUUUUAGCUGCACAAAAGGACAUGAAACUCCCAGAGCACUCACUGAAAAUAGAGUGUACAACAAGGUGGGGAUCACGUUAGGCCAUGAUAGAGAGAAUCAUCGAGCAGCAAAAGGCCAUUGCACAUGUCCUGUCCUCUGACAAGAAGUCUCGUCAUCUUAUCCCAACAUGGCAGGACAUGGAUGUACUAGAGGCAAUCAACAAAUCCUUGCACCCUCUAGUUAAUUUUACAGAUGCACUGUCUGGCAAGAAGUACGUCAGCGUGUCAUUUGUUAAGCCAGUUCUUCAUCUUUUCAACACAUCAAUCUUAAAAGUUAAGGAUGAUGAUACUGACCUGUCAAGAGCAAUCAAGUCUAAAAUUUUGGAGUACCUAAACGAAAAAUACAGUGACCCAGACAUCCAAGCUCUAAUGGACAUGGCAUCUACGGUGGAUCCACGAUUUAAGAUGAGCUACACGGCCGAGGACAACAAAACAACAAUUCAAUCCAGACUCAAAGCUGAGAUGCAGACUUUGGCAAUGAUGGUGCCACCCCAAGAAACAGCACAAGAGACCAGCGAGGAGGAUGCUGAAGCUGGAUGUGCCCCAAAGAAAAAGAUGACUUUAGGAAGCUACUUUAAAACUGCUGAACAAGCCUUGCCACCUAACAACCAGAAAUCCAGUGUAGCCAGUGAGCUGGAAUCUUACUUGCAGUCAAUCUACCUGGAUAGUGAGGGGGACCCAUUAAAAUGGUGGAAAGAACAUGAAAAGAUCUACCCAAGGCUUUCAAAAGUGGCAAAAACAUACUUGUGCAUACCAGCCACAAGCUCUCCUUCAGAGAGGGCUUUUAGUUCCGGUGGAAAUGUAGUUACUUGCUUGCGGUCUUCCCUAAAGCCCGAUCAAGUUGACAGGCUUGUGUUCUUAGCCAAAAAUCUGUAACAUGUUGUAAAAAUGUUUUAUUCUUAUUUGAUUUUAUUACAAGUUGAUGUAAAAGAGGCAGUUUAAUUUUAUUUAUUUACCACAGCUAAGAAAAACUCUCCAUUCUAAACAUGUUCGGUUUGUUUAUUUUUCUUUA